CAGACCUUAAUUUAUUUUGGAUUAGGAUUUCCAUGGCACGUGAACUAGAAGAUAAUUUGAAAUAGAAGUUCUCUUUAUUUUGAAGUGACGGUCUUUAUCAAAAUGGUUGGAAAACUCAAACAGAACUUGCUAUUGGCAUGUCUGGUGAUCAGUUCAGUGACAGUGUUUUAUUUGGGUCAACACGCUAUGGAGUGUCACCAUCGAAUAGAAGAACGCAGCCAGCCUGUGAGGAUGGAAAGUGUGAGAAGCACAGUAAGAACUGCUUCCGAUGUAAAUGCAAACAAAACCUUUGCUUACAACAAAGACAUGCCUUUAAUAUUUAUUGGAGGAGUACCUCGAAGUGGCACUACCUUAAUGCGUGCCAUGCUUGAUGCCCAUCCGGAUAUUCGAUGCGGAGAAGAGACAAGGGUAAUCCCGCGAAUUCUGGCAGUUAAGCAGAUGUGGGCUAGAUCAAGCAAAGAGAAGAUCCGACUGGAUGAAGCUGGAGUCACAGAUGAGGUUCUGGACUCAGCCAUGCAAGCAUUUUUAUUGGAAAUCAUUGUGAAACAUGGAGAGCCUGCUCCGUAUUUGUGUAACAAAGAUCCUUUUGCUUUAAAAUCCUUAACUUAUCUUGCUAGAAUUUUCCCCAAUGCCAAAUUUCUUCUAAUGGUACGGGAUGGUCGUGCAUCUGUGCAUUCCAUGAUAUCUAGAAAAGUCACAAUAGCUGGGUUUGACCUUAACAGCUACAGGGACUGCUUGACCAAGUGGAAUCGUGCUAUAGAAACUAUGUAUAACCAGUGUAUGGAGGUUGGUUUUGAAAGGUGUAUGCUGGUACAUUACGAACAACUCGUAUUGCAUCCUGAAAGAUGGAUGAGAACUCUCUUAAAGUUUCUUCGCAUACCGUGGAACCAAGCAGUGCUGCACCAUGAAGAAAUGAUUGGAAAAGCAGGGGGUGUUUCUCUUUCAAAAGUUGAAAGAUCUACUGACCAAGUAAUCAAGCCAGUCAAUGUGGAAGCAUUGUCAAAGUGGGUUGGGAAGAUACCUGCUGAUGUCCUGCAAGAUAUGCCAGUGAUUGCACCCAUGCUAGCAAAACUGGGCUAUGAUCCCUAUGCCAAUCCACCAAAUUAUGGAAAGCCAGAUCAAAAAGUUGUGGAAAACACAAGGAGGGUCUAUAAAGGUGAAUUUCAGCUUCCUGACUUUCUUAAAGAAGUGCCACAGACUGAACCUAUGGAAUAGAAGAGACAAUGGAUAUUUCUUGCACAGAAGAAAGACUGCUGCCUUUUCAAUGGAAAUGAUCUUACAAGGACUGUCCCACUAGAUCAGUGAGGUGUACUGCUCGUGGCCUGCUUUUUUCAGUCUUCUCCCCAUUUUCUUUCAUACUGUUUUUGUUCAAAAUUUUGUUGUUGUGAGCGCAUGUAAACCUGUCUUAAAAAAAACCCAAACAAAACUGAUGUUAAUGUAGAACUGUAUUACACUUGCACAAUUCAUUUUUUUAAGGUUUUAAAAAAUGCAAAGCAAUGCCUGUCUCCAAAAUUGAUACUCUGUCUUAAUUCCAAAACUCCCAUCUUCAAAGAUAUUUUUUUCUUUUUUCUCUGUAGCAGUUUGGUUUUAAAUGUAUGAAGCUUUCAAAAGAGUGGUCUGUGCUUGUCCUAAAAGAUUUUUGGUGGAACAGUUGUUUGUUUU